CACCCUACACAGAUCGUAAUGACCUAAAAACCCAAACCGCCUUCUUUUUCUUCUUCUCUCCUCUCUCUGUCUGUCUCUAGCUUUUGCUCUCUCGCUCUCUCUCUCCCGUAUGAUGGGCGAUGGAUUCUUUCUUCCAAGUACGAACGGUAGCGGCAACAAAGAUAGUCCAAAGAAAACAAUCACCACUAAGAAGAAGAAGACGCGUGGUGGUACUAAGAAGAAAAUGACUAUCGAGCAAACUUCAGCAUACAAAUCUGUGAGAGAAUGGGUCUUCUUGGGCCAGUCUGUUGCUGUGCUGGAUGAUGAUUUUGGUGUUCAGUGGAGUCGCGGCAAAGAGAAGUUGGUGUUUGAAUUGCAUUCUCAUUCAACUUGCAGUGAUGGGUUCCUUUCUCCUACCAAGCUUGUCGAGAGAGCACAUCAAAAUGGGGUGAAAGUUCUUUCUCUGACAGAUCAUGAUACUAUGUCUGGCAUCCCUGAAGCUCUGGAAGCAGCUCGCAGAUUUGGCAUCAAAAUUAUCCCGGGUGUCGAAAUCAGUACAAUUUUCUCCCCAAGAGAGUCUGGAUCAGAAGAACCAGUUCACAUCCUCGCAUAUUACAGCAGCUGCGGGCCAGCAAGAUGUGAGGAAUUAGAGAAGUUCUUGGCUGAUAUAAGAGAUGGGCGUUUCCUCCGUGCAAAGAACAUGAUUUCAAAAUUGAACAAACUCAAAUUGCCUCUUAAGUGGGAGCAUGUGGCCAGGAUUGCAGGCAAGGAUGUUGCUCCUGGGAGACUGCAUGUUGCUCGUGCUUUGGUUGAAGCAGGCCAUGUGGAGAAUCUGAAACAAGCUUUUGCCCGGUAUCUUUAUGAUGGUGGACCUGCUUAUUCAACGGGUAGUGAGCCUGCUGCAGAGAAAACAGUGCAAUUGAUAUGUGAAACGGGGGGUGUGGCAGUGCUGGCACAUCCAUGGGCAUUAAAAAAUCCAGUUGCUAUCAUCAGAAAAUUGAAAGAAGCUGGGCUACAUGGGAUAGAGGUGUACAGAAGUGAUGGAAAACUGGCAGUAUAUAGUGACCUAGCCGAUGCUUACGAUCUUGUGAAGCUUGGAGGGUCAGAUUAUCAUGGGAGAGGUGGCAACAGUGAAUCUGAUAUGGGAAGUGUGAGUCUUCCAGUGUUGGCUGUGCAUGAAUUCCUCAAGGUUGCCCAGCCAAUAUGGUUCAGUGCUAUCAGGCACAUUCUUGAGAACUAUGUUAAGGAUCCCUCUGAUUCAAAGUUGGAGCUUAUCUUGAAAUUUGGGAAGACUAGGGUUUCAAAGGGUGUACCACCCUUAAAUAGUGGGAACGAUUUGGUUAAUCAAUGUUUGUCUUCAUGGUUGACAAUUGAAGAAAGACAGAAUGCAGAGUUGGAGGCCAUUAAGUUGAAGCUUUUUCAGAUUUCAAUUGGUCAAGGAGAUACUCAAAUCCCCAAGUAAAUAGUUCCUUCUGAAUCAAAAUUUUGUCUCGUUGAUUUUUUCCAUAUUUAGGCGAUGACUCUGCUAAAUUUCAUCAUAAUUUAUUUUCCGGCUCAAUUCUCUGUUAUACAGGAAUUUCUUGUCGAUGUGCAAGUAUGCAACUAUAGCUUUCUUUUUCUCACAAAAAAAAAGGCUUCAUAUUUACCUUUUUUUCAUUCCAUUUCUGGGCAAAAUGUGAAUGACCGAUAAGUAUGUUAUUGUAAUGUUCUGAAUUGGAAGUACACAAUUAAAAUCAAGAGAGAAUCGUUUUCUGUAGCUAGCAAAUUUCCUCUUGCUUCAUUGUGGUAGCUUGCUUAACUUUGUAUCAUUUGAUAGUUUCUUGGUGAUAUUAUGAAAUCACACUUUAUGACCUAUGUGCUGAGCCAAAAACCCUGAAACAAAACAUAAGAACUGAAGAAUGUUUAACAUUUGAUUUUUAUCCUUUAUUUAGGGGAGGGUUGCUAUUCUCUUCUACAACAUCUCAUAAGUUUUUCACUUUCCUCCUUUGAGCUUUUGCUUAUGAUAGAGGCCAUGGGUGGCUUUGACGUGACU